UGUAAAUCGAACAUUCCAGUUUCCUGGCGCCUGUCUCGACCUUCGCACUCGGCCAUGAUCUCGGAUUCGACGUUCUGGUGACAGGCUAUCUUGAUUGUCAUUGGCGAGGGUUUCAAUGUCGACCACUUGGCAGCGAUGAGGAAAGCCAGCAUGUCAUGGCUCUGGAGGAGCGAUGCAAACUCUCCUGCUUCCUUUGAGAAAGCUCUCUCCAAGCUGUCCGCCCAGAUUGCCGAUGCGAAUCUUGCCCUUGACACUACGAGAUCUCGAGCCCGGCGAGCGAAGGCACUAUGGACACUUUAUACAACAUUAACCUACCUCCUGUAUACACUUGUCGUGGUUCUUGUGCUCGGGCCCGACGCUUGGUUCUGGUAUCAUUACGCGGGCUUAGUCGGAGCACCGGCCAUUAUUUAUGCAGUGCGCAAACUGCUGACUGCGUUCUUUGACUGGAGGGUGAAUCGGCAACAAUCAUACCUGGAUCAUCUACAGAAACAGCGCGAGUCCAAGAUUGCGGAUUUGAAGAAGGCUACAAAGUACGACAGCACACAGGAGCUGCUGCAGAAAUAUGGAGGCGCACCACCAGCAAAAACACCAUCAAAACAACCACAACAAGGCCCGAAACGAAAGGUCAAUCGGCGUCCAGAGCAAGCCCAACAAAGGACUGGAAUAGCACCACCCCCGACGGCAAAUAUACCUGGACGAAAUGUCCAACCGCCUUCCGAGAUACCACCGCAAAGUGGACCUCAUUUUGCUUCUCCGGCGCAUGGCGAGAUGCCACCAGCUGCUCAAACGCUCAGCAGCCCUGUAGAUAUGAGUCCCGACGUUCCUGGUUUUGCUCCUAACGCUUUUGCAAACCCUCCGCCUCCAACCAGUGCAUAUGAAAACACGCACCACUGGUAUGAUCGCAUACUCGACGUGAUGCUAGGGGAAGACGAGACAGCAGCUAAGAAUAGGCUGGUUCUACUGUGCUCAAAUUGUCGCCUUGUCAAUGGUCAAGCCCCUGCGGGUGUCAAGACGCUCGAAGAACUCGGUCGAUGGAGAUGCAGUGCCUGUGGGAGUUGGAAUGGUGUGGAGAGUGAAGGUGCAAAGGUAGUCAAAGAGAUUACAGCUACAUCGAAUCUGCAUGAUGGUGAGGACUGGGAGAGGGUGCCAGGCAUGCCCGAUGCUCAGGAAGUAUCUGAGGAAGAUCAGCACGAAGAGUCGAAGACUGAUCAUGAAGCAGUCGAUGGUGCCCAGGGAGCUACAGGUCGCGAUGCCGCCGAUGACAGUGGUAUCUCCAAGCGAGUGACCCGAAGUGUGGGCAAAAAGGCUUCCUUUGACUCACUUGAAUGAGAGCAGUUCAUGUCCGUAGCCAGUUAUUGAUUCCUCAUAUGUUUGAAAUUACCACAUGAUAGUCAUCGAAUUAUCACAGCCUUGCGCAAAGUAAAAACAA